UGGCGACGCAUGCAGCUUUUUUGAUGCUCUGCUUAGUCUCAUUACAUGGCUUGCAACAUUGCCAUGGGCAGUGCAGCAACGUCACGCAGUUGUCGUUGGCGCUAGACACGCUGCUGGCGACGUACGACCGCGAGCGUGCGCCUGCGACGCCGCUUGUGGUGGACGCCGUGUUAGAGGUGCGCCAUGCCAGCGUCGAUGACCGCACCUCUUCUGUCAGGAUGCUCGCCGAUCUUAGGAUGUUUUGGCAGGACGAGCGUGUCAAGUGGAAUGAUUCCGAAUGGGGGUGCGACAAUGCGCUUGUGGCGGCGGAGCUACUGUGGCUGCCUGACGUGGCUUUGCUGAAUGCUGCGGCGAGCGGCUACACAGGUGACGCGUCAAUGCGUGCACGCCUAAACUCAUCAGGCGCCGUGGAGUGGGUGCUGCGCCUCGAUGCUAGCGCUCCGCUGGACAUGCUACUGGAACGCUGGCCUACGGACGAGCAAACCGUCACCUUUAUGUUCUGCUCCAAGGUGCACACGUUGGAUGAACUCGACCUCGCUCUCAAGCCAUUACCGUUAACAGCCGUGUACCAAACGGGCGCUUGGGAGUUAUUGUCGGUGGCGCGAUCUUCCGCCGUGUGGCAGGACGCAGUGGGGGUGCGCCGCCGCGUGCUAACAUGGCAGUUGCUGCUGCGGCGACGAGCUGCCGGCGCCGCGCACGCAUCUGCCGCAGUGCUUUGUGCCGCCGCCCUAAUGCUGCUCACUGCUGGGUUGCUACCACCUAAAGAACGAACAGUGAUUGCCAUAGCGGCUGCAUUGACAGCCGCAUUCUCAUUGGUAACUUGGACAUUGCGACUACCGCCUUCCUCGUCGUGUCCAUUGGUGUUGCGGGCUGCGGCAGCGGUUUGUACGUGCGCUGCUAUUGCGUGCGUCGGCGCAGCUAUCGUACAACGAGUGUCGGUGCGCACGGCACCGCCGCCUAGGUGGCUUUGCACGUUACUCUCCAAAGUCUCCACGUUGUGUAGACUUACUUCCCACCAGGAGAGCGAAUCAGUAGCCGGUGGUGGCGGAGCGGGCAGCGGGGCGUGGCGCGCCGCAGCCCUGUUACUGGACCGAACUCUGCUAGUUGUGCUGUUCCUUGUUUUACUAGUCGUGCUAGCUUGCGCACUCGCAAUUUUAAUCUAGUCAGGUUUAAUCUAUUUUCGUGAAUUAUCAUCAGAACCACCAAAGGUGUAUUGUGAAGACUUAGGGCCAGACUCAAUCUAUAAGAUUUGUACGUACAUUGGCUCCCAUUAAUAUCAGUCGGCAAAGCGCAGCGACAUAAAAUAUAAGUUCCGUGCACAACAAUUCUUGAUCGUUUUCAUAGCAGAAUUCUCUAGAUUCAUAUGUUCCAGGCCUCACCUAAUCAUACUACGCUAAAUGUACGCUUAUUAAAGAAAAUUGUACUUACCUACCUAUUAUUAGAAAAUUUUUACAACUCGAAUGUUGCAUGUUAUUAAAUUUUAUAGUUACUUAGGUAAAAAUUAAAUAUAUAUAUAGAAUGAACUUCAAUAAAUAAAAACUAAUUUAUUUUAAAUACAAUACAAUCCAUCGAUUUAUUGCAGCCUUUAUUGUUUUCCAAUGUUGUCUCUACCUCACCAUUUACAUCCACUAAGAGCAAUUAAUACAGGUAGGUAUGUACUGGAAAUACCACCACUGUACAUACUAUUUUUUUCUCUACUUUUUAAUUAUUCCGAGAUGAUGAGGACGGACUUAAACUUGAUAUGCUCUUGAUGAGAUGAGGAUCGCCAAGCGACAGAAGAAAAUCUCCUUAAGUACGUAUCUAGUUGAUUAUGGGAAUUAAAAAAGUAAAAAAUAUUUUCGUCACAUUAUUUUA